AUGGCUAUUCUGUACGAUGCCAACAAUGAACCAAAAAUGGAACUUGCACGAGAUAGGCGCCAGCGUGAAGGCUUUCCAGAGCAGGACAUUGAAAUCCAAUCACGGAUUUGCCUCAAUUGCAACAGAUCCAUAAUAAAUGAACUUGAGCAAAUACAGCAUGAUCCCCGUUGCGUAAGAAUUAACGUUUUAAAGCAAACGCGUAGACAAAGUUGCUUAAUCUGCGAUGCGAUAGAGAAUCUUCAUAGGUUGUCUGUUUCUUCAAGAGCAAAGAUCUAUAUAGCUCAAAAUAUAUACGUUCCAAAUGGGGCAAGAUCUUAUAUAUACCGUGCGUAUUUGAUUCCGGGAGAAGACUUGCAAGUGUUCUUAGAAGAACUACGCAUAUUGGCAGCCAGAUCUAGCAGAUGGAUUUAUGAUGAAAAUUCAUUAUCCGAUGAGGAUUUCCAAGACUUAUCAGGCCUUACCAAAGAACAAUAUCAGCAUCUUUUCACAUUUUGCAAUCCGGUUCUGGACAAUGGUCAGCACAGACUAUCUCCAACUUUAAUGUUAUUAGCUUAA